UGUGUGUGUGUGUGUGUGUAAUGGAACAAUGUUAGAGGAGAUUGAGGUUCAAAAUUGUUUGAGACAAGGUUGUUGUAUUGCUCCAGUGUUGUUCAACGUGUACACAUGUUUAGCGGUGGAGAGGUGGUUGGUUAGGAUAGAGGAUACUGAAGGAGUGGGCAUUAUGAUCAAGUACAAACAGGACAAGAAAUUGUUCAGGAGGUAUACUAAGAACGCUUGUGAGAGAAAGAUAGCAGAGUGUCAAAUUGCUGAUGAUCCAGCUAUUCUUUCAUCAUCAAGAUCAGGUGCAGAGAAGGCAGCAAUGGAAUACCAACAAACAAACAGCGAUUUUGGGUUGACUGUUAGCAUUCCCAAGACCAAACACACGAUAACAGGAAGACUGGUUGAGGAAAAUGAUCAAACGCCUGUUGCCCUUGAGGGAGGAGACAUUGAGAUGGUAGAUGAGUAUCCUUAUCUUGGGUCUGUCAUUACCAGUUAUGGGCGAAUGACUGUGGAGGUAGACAAACCGUAGCUCAAGCGUCAAGGGCUUUUGAGGCUUUGAGAAAGGCUGUCUGUAUUGAUAAACACCUAAAGAUAUCAACAAAGAGAAUAAUUUACAAUGCGUGUGUUAUGUCUGUGCUGUUUUAUGGAGCAGAUUGUUGGGUCCUUCUCAGAAAGCAGGAGAAGAAGCUGGACACCUUUCACCAUCGAUGCAUUAGAAGUACCUUGGGCAUUUCCAACAGGCAACAAUGGUCUGAGCACAUCACAAUGGCAAAAGUGAGGAGGAGGUGGGCAGAUGAAGAGACUGCAUCUGAGAAAGUGACGAAAGAAAGGUUGGAAUGGUUGGGACACCUAGAUAGGAUGCCAGACCAUAGAAUAUAAAAGUUCAACCUUAUUUGGUUGGUUGACUCAGCCCCGCCCCAGAUGCGGUCCAAAGAAGAGAUGGAGAGAUAUGAUGAGAAGAGAAUUUGAAGAAAUUGAAGUAUCAGAGGAGAAAUGGUAUGAUGAGGCUGUGAGCUCGAGAGAGGGCUGGAGUACAUUGUGUCGUGAUGGUUUGGAACGUAGGAGAGAGAUAAUGGGGACAUUUGCUCCGGUGGCAGUCAGGGAUGUGAUGUGUGAGGUGUGCUCCAGGACCUUUAGACAGAGAGAUAAGGCGAGACACAAGUGUAUGGAAGAAAGAACCUAUAAGGGAACAAAAGGGUGCAAUCCAAUGUUCAA